CAGACAUAAUUUCCCAGGUGGCGCCUCUCACACAGUGGACAUAUUCAACAACACAACAACAUCCUACGAUAUUCGAGAUACUCCCUAGCAAUUUGGCGCUUCUUUUUUUCUUGAAUCUUAUCCCUUAGUAAGAUGGAAAUGAGAUGACGUAAGUUAAGCUAGUCCGGGAUCGUUUCAAGUAAUUAGAAAUAUGAAAUAUGGCCUCAGAUGGCCUUGCCUCACCCCGUCUACCUGGACAUGAUGGAAUACCGUUGUCGCCCGCGAGCGCCUCAUUUCCGGGCCGAUCAUCAAAUCCGCUGUCGUCUAAGGUGACAUCUGUUUUAUCGACUUCAUAUGCCGAUGCUGAGUUCCGCGAGUCUCUGGCUUUGCUGGAUGAGCGCGGCAUCAGCAACACGGCUGAUACCCGGAGACAGUUGCGGCUAGACGUCCAGAAAGAGGUCAUCGAUAGUAAUGGGAAAAUAAUCACAGAGUUCGGCCGGGUAGCCGAGCAAUUAAGGAGAAUCGGCACAACUAUUAAUAAGCUCAACAAGAAUUACCAAGAGAUGAGAGGUCAUGCCACAGCGGCUCACGAGUCGACUUCCUCUAUACUCGAGGAAGCAUCUUCUCUCAUGACCCAGAGGAAGAAUAUAGAGACGAAGCAGCAGGUCUUAAAGGCCUUCCACGAGCACUUCCUUCUAUCGGAGGACGAGAUCGCCUCUUUGACUUUAACGGCUGAGCCUGUCGACGACCGCUUCUUCGCCGUCCUAGCCAAGGCAAAGCGCAUCAGGAAAGACUGCGAAUUCCUGCUCGGUUUCGAGAGUCAGACCCUAGGCCUAGAGAUCAUGGACCAGACUUCCAAGAACUUGAACCUGGCCAUGCAGAAGCUGUAUCGCUGGGUCCAGAAGGAGUUUAAGACGCUCAACCUCGAGAACCCCCAGAUCAACUCGCCUGUGCGCCGCGCCAUCCGCGUGCUUGCCGAGAGGCCCUCUCUCUUUCAGAGUUGUCUGGAUUUCUUCGCCGAGGCCAGGGAGCAGAUCCUAUCUGAUUCUUUCUACCUCGCACUGACAGGUACAUCCGCAGCCGGUAGCAAGGAUAACUCGGUAAAGCCGAUCGAGCUCGUAGCUCACGAUCCGCUACGGUAUGCGGGAGACAUGCUGGCGUGGACGCAUUCCGCCGCUGUCAGCGAGCGCGAAGCCCUCGAGAUCCUGUUUAUAUCCGAUGGUAACGAGAUUGCUAAGGGCAUCCAAGAGGGCCGGGAGAACGAACGAUGGAUGAUGAUGGCUGACGAGGCAGAUGGGCCUCCGGAAUUCGACGCCGUCAAGGCCCUGAACGAGCUAGUCGACCGGGAUGUCUCCGGCGCAGCGCGCAUAUUAAGGCAACGAGUUGAGCAGGUCAUCCAAACCAACGAGGAGACCAUUCUAGCGUACAAGCUAGCCAACCUCCUCGGGUUCUACCGCGUGACAUUUUCCAAGCUUCUCGGCGAGGACUCAGUCCUGCUCCAGUCAAUGAGCAACUUGGAAUCCGAAGCGCUACGGCAAUUCCGCUCUCUAAUGCGCGAUCACAUCACCACCCUCGAGGGCGAAUUCCAACACACGCCGUCGGACCUCGGACCACCCGAGUUCCUGCAAGACUGCCUAAAACAACUAACAGCCAUUAUGAAAACCUACGAGACCUCACUCGCCGCAGACGGCGACCGCGAGGCGGACUUCGAGCCCAUCCUAGCCGAAUCCUUCGACCCUUUCUUCGCCGGCUGCUCUAACAUGGCCAAGAACAUCUCCGCACCGUCUAACUCCAUAUUCCUCAUAAACUGCCUCCUCGCCGCCCAGACCGCCUUCGAGCCCUUCCAAUCCUUCACACGCACCCGCCUCGAGCGUCUACGCUCUACAAUCGCCGACCACAGCGCCCGCCUCGUCGAAAACCAAUACGCCUUUUUCCGCACCGAAUCUUCCCUCGAACCCUUAUUCACGGCCCUAUCCCCCCUAAGCGACGCGCGUCCCUCCGACGUAGCCAAGCUCCCCUCUCUCCCGGAACUUCAACCAGAGUCCCUAGCGCGCGCAGCCCAGGGUCUAGACGACUUCCUACCGUCGGCCGUCAUGGACGCGCUGGAGAACGUCAAGAACCUCCAGGACGCGCGGCUGGCGCGCGAGGUUACGGAGGAGGCGGCGGAUCGGUUCUGUGCUGAUUUCGAGCAUGUAGAGGAGUUGCUUGUUGCGGCGGAUGAGGCGGCUGAGGAACGAAGGGGAGGGGAUAAUGGGGGGGAGGAGAGGGCGGGGUUGAGAGCGAUGUUCCCGAGGACGACGGGGGAGAUUAGGGUUUUGUUGUCUUGAGGGAUUGGAGGGGAGAGGAGGGUUAUCUUGGUAUAUAGAGGGGAAAGGAGAAGAAGUAGGUAUAUGAGUAGUCUGGUCCGUAUUGCGUGUAUAGUUUAGUAUAUAUAUUACUAUAUACUAUUCACGGCAAAGUAUAGGUAGGUAGACAGACAGGAAGCAAACAAAUCCAGAGGGAACUGGAAUUAUAAAAUCAGGCACGAUAUUACAUACAAACGCUAGCAUGGCAAGAUUUCUCUUCAUGAUUACCUAUAUCGUGUUAUAUAUAUG